AUGAUUGACAUCUUGAAUAUCGGAGGCGAGCCGAUCUUUGAUGAUCGUAUCGUCAAGAUUGAGACUCAUACGUACAAUCCAUACGCCAACACAACGCUUGGAUACAGCGACGAGAUACUGAUACCGAUACAACAUCAAGAUUUGUACACGUUACCAUGUGAAAGUUUUCUAUACGUCGAGGGAAAGUUGAGGGUGCGUAAAGUAGCUGAAGGGGGAAGAGUGGUAUUGGGCAACAAUUGUGUCGCGUUUAUGUUUGAUGAACUUCGAUAUGAACUCGACGGUGUGGAGAUUGACCGCAACAGAAACGUUGGAAUAACUUCCACGAUUAAAAACUAUGUCUCUCUAACAACCGAGAAAGGUAAAAUCUUAGAGGAUGCUGCGUGGAAUAUGUCGCAUAAUGCUGAAGCUUACUUCAAUUUUUGUGUGCCGCUAAACAUACUAUUAGGUUUUUGCGAAGAUUAUAAGCGAGUUGUGAUCAACGCUCGUCACGAAUUAAUUCUGAUACGUUCGCGCAACGACAACAAUUGCAUAUUUGGACAUGCUUCGGCUGAAGCUGAUAUCGAAUUAUUCAAGAUACAAUGGCGUAUGCCACAUGAAUUUUCUCUAUUGCAUAAUACGACCAAGCAUUCGUGGACCGUGAAAGCCGCCUCUCAGCUGGAGAAGCCGCGAUACGUGAUCUUUGCGCUGCAGACUGGCAGAAAAAAUGCUGUGUCAAAAGAUAUUACUACAUUCGACGACUGCAAAUUGACCAACGUUAAACUCUAUCUAAACUCGGAAUUUUAUCCCUACGAUGAUUUGAAUUUAGAUUUCGAUAAAAAUAGAUUCGCCCUCUUAUUCGAUAUGUACUCUCGUUUUCGCGAAUCUUAUUACGGAUGUGAUAAUGAUGAUGUGCUAUUAAACAUUUCAAAAUUUCUACAUUGCGGUCCUCUCGCGGUUAUCGAUUGCUCGCGACAAAACGAGUCUGUCAAAAAUUCCACCGUGGACGUAAGAUUAGAGUUUGAGUGCAAGGAUGAUAUACCGGCAAACACUACCGCCAAUUGCCUCAUCUUGCAUGAUCGCGUUGUCGAAUAUUGCCCAUUGACCAACGUAGUUCGUAAAAUUACCUAA